CUCCUCCUCCUCCAUCAUCUCCCGGCAUCCUCCGCGCGGCGCUGAGAGCAGGACCGGGCCCGGGGCACGACUGGGCCCAGGGCAAGGCAAGGCAGGGCGGCCUUCCCUUCCUCCCUCCCUCCCUCCCUCCCUCCGUCCGUCCGUCCGUCCCCCCUCACCCGCCCCCCCCCAUGGCGGACAAGAAGCAGCCCGUCGACCUGGGGCUCCUAGAGGAAGACGACGAGUUCGAGGAGUUCCCCGCCGAAGACUGGGCCGGCUUGGACGAGGAUGAGGACGCCCACGUCUGGGAGGACAACUGGGACGACGACAACGUGGAGGACGACUUCUCCAACCAGCUCCGGGCCGAAUUAGAGAAGCACGGCUACAAGAUGGAGACGUCUUAGCCGGGAGAGGAUGGAGGAACGGACCCUCUCGAACCGCCGGCCGGAAGCCGGAGGACGAGGCUACGCGAUGGAGAGAAAACUUUAAAUCUAUUUUUGUUUUUACCGAGUAAAUAAUAAAUACUGGAAUCGGAACCCUGA